UGUGCAAGUUCACAUCAACAGAAGUGAUUAUUAUGUGUAGUGCAUCGUAAAAUGACAUAAAUAAUUUGUGAUUAGUGAGACUUUUUUGUGGAGCAUACGUAAACAAGUGUUCAAUCAAUUAUAACAUCGUGGAAAGCGAUAUGAUACUCUCCUUAGCAGUGUACUAAGAUUGUGGUCAUAUCGUCCGAAUUUCACAAGUGUUGUUUUCAAAAAUAUUUGGAGAUGGCUUCUAAACCUGUAAAUCAGAAAAGAAGGAACAAUGAGAAGAGGAAGGAGAAGUCCCGCGUGGCGGCGCGCUGCAGACGCACCAAGGAGAUGCAGAUCUUCAAUGAGCUGACAGCCGCCCUGCCUGCCAGGAAAGAGGAAGUGGAACAGCUGGACAAAGCAUCUGUGAUGCGACUGGCGAUCUCUUACCUGCGCGUGCGAGAUGUUGUGUCAAAGUUGCCAAUUGAAACGGUGGAACAACAGAUACCCAAUCCCAAAGGCUUGGAAGAGGUUUCCUCGGAGUUGUCCUACAUGAAAGCCCUGGACGGCUUCGUCCUGGUGAUCUCUCAGCAAGGAGACAUCGUGUACUGCAGCGAGAACAUUGCUGAUCACCUCGGCGUUUCUCAGAUGGAGAUCAUGGGUCAGAGCGUUUUUGAGUUCAGCCACCCGUGCGAUCAUGAAGAGGUCCGCGACGCGCUGCGUUCUAACUUCGCGGGGCGGCGCGAACUACUUCUGCGGCUCAAAUGUACGCUUACGAGCAAGGGAAGGAACGUGCAUCUCAAGUCCGCUUCGUACAAGGUCAUCCACAUCACCGGCCACAUGCUGACGCCUCAAGUCAAAGAAGAGAAGAACAACAAUAACAAAGAGAAAACCGACAUGGAAGACAAGAAAAUUGAUAGAAGCGGCUCGUUGAUAGCCGUAGGGCGACCCAUCCCGCAUCCCGCUAAUAUUGACACGCCGCUCGAUGCCAAGACUUUCCUCACCAGACACGCGCUUGACAUGAAGUUCACUUAUACCUACACUGAUGCAUUACUGAAUACGCUGGGUUUCGAGCCCGAGGAGUUGGUAGGCAAGUCCCUAUACGACUACCACCACGCGGCUGACAGCGCAGGCCUGGUACAGCAGUUCAAAUCACUUUUCUCCAAAGGCCAAUGCGAGACUGGUCAAUACCGCUUCCUGGCCAAGUCGGGCGGCUACGCCUGGGUCCAAACCCAGGCCACGGUCAUCAACGACAAGCAACAGAAGCCAGUCAGCGUAGUCUGCGUCAAUUAUGUCAUCAGCGGUAUCGAGUGCAAAGAUGAGGUGUUUGCUACACACCAAGUCCAGGAUGUGGACUUAAAACCGGUCGUGAUACCGACUUCUGCACCUGCACCUGCGCCUGCACUACCGUCGGUGCCGAUCUGUCCACCAAUCGAAGUUCCCACAGCUCCUACGGUGACUGCAAGCGCACCCGACGAGGAACGCCCGAUACCUGUAACAGAGUUCAUAUUUGCACCGCGAAAGAAAGAAAUGAAUAAAGGAUUUCUCAUGUUCUCGCCGGACGAGGGUCAUACAAUGCUUAAAGACGAGCCGGAAGAUCUGACUCACUUGGCACCCACUGCCGGUGACACGUGCAUCCCUCUGGAGAAUAGCCCCUUUGAUAUGUUCGAUGAGUUCAUGCUGAAUGACAAUUACUGUAGCCUAUUGGGUGAUGAUUUGACUAAUGCAUCGCCAAUGGACUCUCUGACGCCGGAAUCAUUUUUAUUGUCUUCGCCCGAGCCCCAGGAAACCGAAUCUUCGUGUGAACAGUCGUCACUUUUGACAGAAUUAUCACUAGAUGCUUUCGACAGUGGUAGAUCAGACAAUGACAUUGAUGAUGGACAUUCGCCGUUUAUACCGAUGAGCGAUGAGCGCCCCGUGCUAGAGCCGGCAGUAAUGUGGGGCGCGUUACCAGAUAACGUCAGCCAAGCAAGACCGCAACCCUCUGAAAUGCAAACGGCGACUUCCGCGCCAGCAUUGGAGCGGUUACUAGCGGCUCCCACAACGGGCCCACCUCCACAGGAUCUCAUUACAAAUAUAUAUUCAGAUCAAGGUCUGAUACCGUGUAGAAGUAUGCCCUCAUGGGACACUGGUGUGAAAAGAGUGAUGAAGCAGGAAGAAGAGCCGAGCGCGAAACGUGCGAAGCGCAGUCCGUCGCCUGCGCCGGCGACUCCCACCAGGACGCAGUCUUCCAGCGUCCUCAUGAACCUCCUGCCUGGCGGUGUUCCCCAGAAGAUGCUGCAGCAAAACAACGUGCCAUCCAGCUACCAACUGGUGAUGAAUCCGAAGAUAUCGCGUAGUAUAAAUAGUAACAUUCUGCCAAUACCCGUUAUUAACGUACAGACUGUGUCGAGUACAAAACUAGUGAUGCGUCCCAACACGUCCAUUGUACAGAACUCCACAACAGGUAGAAAUCUGAACAGCAAUAUAACGUGUCCUCUCAGCGUGAACGUGAACAGUCCCAUGUAUUCGUUACCGUCCAGCCCUAAUACUUCCAACUACAGUCCUGUAAUGAGCCCAGCUCAAAGAGACAGGGUUCUUAGUCCUUAUUCCACUCCGCAAUCCCUUUCGCCAGUCGGCAAAUUCAGCCAGAUGUACAGUCCUGGUAGCAGGUUGGUCUCGCCUAACGGAUCGAUUCAUGGGGGUGAUCCUUACCUUUCGAACAAGAUGCAAGCCAGUCCAGGUUUCCCUUACCAAUCAAGCGAUUUACUGUUAGACUCUAACGUGUCGAUGUCAUCGUCGGACUUCUGGGGCGACACCGAUAUGCUGUCCGGCACAAACGAUCUACUCACAGCGUUCGACGACGUCAAACUUUGAUUCUAAAUCAGCUAAUCAGCAGUCGGAGGGGGUGAUUUCUCUGUAGUACGUUGGAAAGUGGAAAGACUAGGAAAGCAUUCAUAAAAAGUCACAUAUACCGCCUGAUUAUUAAAUGCUCUUAAAUCUUGAAGCUUACAUUCCGAUAGUGAGAACAGAGAUUUGCAGGAUAUCGCAACUGCUAUACAAAUCACUGCCAACGAAUGCGUGCUCUGAUAAGAGAAUACCAACGGGAUUCCGCACAUUUCUGAACUAAGCAGUUACUAUUGAUAGAUUUUGGCAUCGGAAACGAUUCUCCUAUCUUUAUAUUGGUAGAAUCGAUUAAAUUUUAAUAAAGAUCCGUCACAUCCUGUUAUACUUUUUCCUUAGUGACUUCGCUGAUUAACAUGUUUAUGGAACAUUACAAGUUUUAUUAUUCAGACAG